AUGCAUAAUGGUCAAAGUCCAGUUUCCAGUAAUGGAAGAGAGUUCUACUUUCUGCCCAUCGCAACAACAAAUCCCACCAACCGUCGCGAGACAGAGCUUCGUCAUGCGAGUGCGAGAUCUUAUUUGGCGAAGUCAAUGCAUCGUCACAAAAGGAAGAUUACCGACGAGAUUCAAGGAACUGUUAUACCGAUCGAUGGCCCGACGGGGACCAGAUGGCGGUCAGUGCUACUCUGCACUGUACCAGAUAAGAUAGUCGACCAACACACCAAGAUGCUCCUACACUACUGCACCCAAUCCUUCUGGCCAGGCUUCGAAGUCGGGUCAGCGGCAUUCCACAUCCCCUCAUUCGCGCGCGACUACAACACGCUCAUGUCCCAAGGUCCAGCUAUGAUCCACGCCCUACUAUGGUCAGCAGCUGUGAGCCUUAGCUACAGAAGGAAAGCAAAGGUCACCGACAAGGGCAGCUUGAUGCAUUACAAUCAAGCCCUCAAAUGCAUCUUGCAAGACAUAUCACGGCCGAUAGCGGAAAUACCAGAGCAGACGCUGUAUGCGAUUCUUAGCGUCACAGGUCCUGAAGUCUCCCUCGAAGAUGGUGAGGGUAUUGUGCGACGAGCGUUUGAUCCACCUCUAAAGGAACUUGCGUGGAUACAUGUUUAUGGGAGGAGACUUCACAUCGACGCGCAUGCGACAGCGUUGAUAAGGAUUGUUGAUUUGAAAGGCGGCAUACACAAACUCAAGUCAACGGAAUUCCAGGCUUCGUUCAAUUAUAUGGAUCUGACAAGGGCUGCGCAAAAGUUAAUCAGGCCACAUCUUCCUGUUUCGCGGCUAUAUGGCCGGGUCAGGGAAACGCAUGACAGACGACAAUUUUUUGGUUAUGCAGCCGAUCUUGCGUCUUGGUCUUGUACUGAAGAGCCUUCGGAACAGAUCGAUAGACUUGUCGCUGGUGGACUGACCACGGCUCUGCAAGAGGUCAUCUACGAUAUGAGGGCAUGGGUUACAGUGAUCGAGGGCUAUCACUGUGGUUUAUUGAAGAGCCUGGACACUUCGCUCCUCGCAGCUCAUCGAGACCUGAUACAACAGCGACUUCUCGCCACCCUCCCCGACGAAGAGGCACUCAUUGAAGAAGACAUAGAGACUGCUGCGUCUAUCAACAAUCUCAUCCGAACAGCUUUGCUGAUAUUUUCACUCGGAGUAAUCUUCCCUAUUACAUAUGCGCCGCCUUACCAUCGACUAGCACGACGUCUCAGAUGUCAGCUCGAACAACACGUUGCCCAGGCGUCGCCGGAUCUUUUAACAUGGCUCGGUAUGCUCGGAGUACUGUGCUGUGAGCAAGUCGGCAAUGAUCUUCGAGGGUGGUUCGUUCAGUUCUUGGGCAUCGUGGAACAACAGCGGCCAAGUGCGAGAGCCUGGUCUACGACGAAACAAGAAUCACUGGAACCGUUUCUAUGGUCUGCCUUGUCCUGCGAUGCAGCCGCUAAGGUAGCAUGGAGAGAAGUACAAGAGGGGUCAAGAGGUUGGGAGAGCACGGCAUGGUCUGGUAUACUGGGGACGAUAUGCGGAUGA